AUGAGAGGAAAUUUAAUUUUUAUUGUUGCACUUUUGUGUGUGACAAUCAUCCACGGAGCCCCGCACAGAACGCCACGCGAUACUAGCGACGCCGAAGCAGAAAUUAGUCCCGUUAACAACAACGAGGACACCGCUGAAGGUUUAAACAGAGAAAAGCGAAAAUUAGUCGAGCCUGUACUUCAAAGCAAAAACGCCGUUCUCGGAUUCGUCUUCGGGAAAAUCAAUUCGCUCAUUGACUCGAAAACGAAAUUCAUUGAUACGCUGGACAAGCAAAACAUUGCGAAAAACAAGCAGCACAACAUCGAGAGUCCCAAGCCGAUCAACAACUUCCAAGACCUCAUUUCGGGCGUAAUUACGCCGAAAAUUACCGCAAUUACGGGCAAAAUCGGGAGUUUGAGUGGCGGCUUUUUGGGCGGAAGUUCAGGCGGCGGUUCGAGCGAUGGAAGCGGAAGCGGCGGCGGUUUGGGCAAUAUCGUAAGCAGCUUGUUGCGACUUAGCGGACCUUUGUUGGCAGGCGGAAGCGGGGGCUCGAGCGGAGGAGGCGCAAGUGCAGGCGCUGAUGCAAGUAAAUCGAACGCAGUGAAGGUCGCAGCUGCAGCCAGCGGUGCAAGUAGCGCUUACAGCGGAGCAAAAGCCAUCUUUUCUGGAAGUAGCGGAGGUCCUACGAGACAACCUUACAAGACAACAACUGAUGAUACGCCCGAUUUUGAUCGCAAUAAAGUCUCGUUGGUCGUUCCUGAUGAACUUUUUGGCAAUUCCUUCACUCUCGUAACAAACGUUUCGAAAUUAAUGGGAGAUUUUAUCAUGAAUUCCGCGCGACGGACCGCUGAUUUCUUUGUUGUGUUGCAGCCGAUACUCAAGAAAUCGCUUACCAUUGAAAAUCCGCCGCCAACAACGACAACCACAGAAUCGUCGAACGAUAUCUAA